AUGUCAACGGCAGUUGUAAAAAAUAGGGAAUCUUCUUCCACUACGAUACAGUGGGUUCAAUCCAUUUUAAAAACGGCAAUUUUCGUUAGUAUAAUAUUUGCGUCUGUCUCAUCGAGAUUAUUUGCCGUCAUUAGGUUCGAAUCAAUUAUUCACGAAUUCGAUCCAUGGUUCAAUUUUAGAGCUACAAAAUAUUUAGUCGAAAACUCUUUCAAUGAUUUUCUCAAUUGGUUCGACGAUAGAACUUGGUAUCCGUUGGGCAGAGUCACCGGUGGUACUCUAUACCCAGGUUUAAUGACUACUAGUGGUUUAGUCUGGCAUAUCUUCAAAGAUUAUCUUGGUUUACCAAUUGAUAUCAGAAAUAUUUGUGUAAUGUUUGCUCCCGCUUUCUCCGGUAUCACAGCAUACGCUACUUAUAAGUUGACUUGUGAAAUUAAAGAUGAAUCUGCAGGUUUAUUGGCUGCUGCCUUCAUCGGUAUUGUUCCAGGUUAUAUCUCAAGAUCUGUAGCAGGUUCCUACGAUAACGAAGCCAUUGCAAUCACUUUAUUAAUGGUCACUUUCAUGUUCUGGAUUAAAGCUAUGAAAUACGGUUCAAUCUUAAAUGGUUGUCUAGCAGCCUUAUUCUAUUUCUAUAUGGUUUCUGCUUGGGGUGGGUACGUUUUUAUCACCAAUUUAAUCCCAUUCCAUGUAUUUUGUUUGAUCCUAAUGGGUAGAUAUAACCCUAAGAUAUACGUUGCUUAUAACACUUGGUUCGUUAUUGGUACCAUUGCUUCAAUGCAAAUUCCAUUCGUUGGCUUCUUACCAAUUAAAUCUAACGAUCAUAUGUCUGCAUUAGGUGUCUUUGGAUUAUUACAAAUUGUUGCCCUGGGUAAUUUUGUAAAAGGUAAAGUUUCUAGUGGUAAAUUCAAGAUAAUUAUGGUCGUAUCAAUGAUCACUCUAAUUGCUGUAGGUGUCCUAGGUUUAUUCGCUCUAACUUAUAUGGGAUUAAUUGCUCCAUGGACCGGUAGAUUCUAUUCUCUAUGGGAUACCAGUUAUGCAAAGAUCCACAUUCCAAUUAUUGCUUCGGUUUCAGAACAUCAACCUGUUACUUGGCCAGCUUUCUUCUUUGACACACAAUUUUUAAUUUGGUUAUUCCCAGCUGGUGUUCUUCUUCUUUUCUUAGAAUUAAGAGAUGAACAUGUCUUUAUCAUUGCUUAUUCCGUAUUGUGUUCCUAUUUUGCUGGUGUCAUGAUUAGAUUAAUGUUAACUUUAACUCCAGUUAUUUGUAUUGCAGCUGCUGUUGCAUUGUCCAAAAUCUUUGACAUAUAUUUGGAUUUUUCAUCAAUUUUCUUUAAUGAUGGAAAAGAUAAAAAAGUUGAACCAAGGAAGAAGGUGUUAUCACUAAUAACCAAAUUAUUUGUCUCUGCUACUUUCAUUUUCUACUUGUACCUUUUCGUUUACCAUUGUACAUGGGUGACACAAACAGCAUACUCUUCACCAUCUGUCGUUCUACCAUCACAAGGUCCAGAUGGCAGACCAGCCUUAAUUGACGAUUAUAGAGAAGCAUACUACUGGCUACGUAUGAAUACGAAGGAAGAUGCUAAAGUUGCAGCAUGGUGGGAUUAUGGAUAUCAAAUUGGUGGUAUGGCAGAUCGUACCACUUUGGUAGAUAACAAUACAUGGAACAACACACACAUUGCCCUUAUUGGUAAAGCAAUGGCGUCACCAGAAGAGAUAUCUUACAAAGUUUUAAAAGAAUUGGACGUUGAUUAUGUUUUGAUUAUAUUUGGUGGUGUUCUUGGAUUUGGUGGUGAUGAUAUUAAUAAGUUCCUCUGGAUGAUUAGAAUCAGUCAAGGUAUUUGGCCCGAUGAAAUCUCAGAAAGAAAUUUUUUCACUUCAAAUGGUGAAUAUAAAGUGGAUUCCAGUGCUACUGAAACAAUGAAGAAAUCUUUAUUGUACAAGAUGAGUUAUAAAGAUUUCCCAGAAUUGUUCGGUGGCAGAGGUGAAGGUAUGGAUAGAGUCCGUCAUCAAACCAUUAGAAGUGAAGAUGUUGAAGCUUUAGAUUAUUUCGAAGAAGCAUUUACAUCAGAAAAUUGGCUAGUGAGAAUUUAUAAAUUGAGAGAUCUUGAUGAUGAAGGUAGAAAUUUCCGUGACGUUGGUAAAUUUAAUAGAUUGAGUGAAAAAUUUUUAAGAAAGAGAUCAUUGAAUAAGAAGCCUGCCAUUGAUAUGCUUAUUUAG